AUGGCCGCCAACCCAGUGAACAACACGAUGGACUUUCCCUUCUCCGCGAGCGAAGACCAAUCCGCGUAUAUCACAGACUCGUCCGCGCCAUGGGUCGCAAUAGCAAAACGGAAGCGCAAAUCAAGAGACGACCUGAUCCCGUCAAAGUGGCGCCUGCCUGCCUCUGCCAUCCCAAAGGAUCCUCCCAGUCUAGCAAAGGGACCUCAAUCAGUUCACCAUAUUCCCCGCGAGCAUCUUUCCUCCGCCGAAGUAGAAAUCACAGAAGGCUACACAGCACAGUCGCUACUCGACGCCGUUCAGCGCAAGAAGUACACAGCGGUCCAAGUCGCCGAGGCAUUCUGUCAUCGUGCGGCUAUUGCUCAGCAACUCACAAACUGCUUGACUGAGCCACUGUUUUCUCAAGCCAUCGAGCGGGCGAAGUUCCUCGACAAAUACUUGACAGAGACAGGACAGACGCUAGGUCCCUUGCAUGGUCUGCCCAUGACCGUGAAAGACACAUUCGACUAUGCCGGCGUCGACACAUCCGUCGGCCUCGCUUCGUUAUGCUUCAAGCCUGCCCAGAAACACUCACCCAUGGUGGAGAUGCUGUUGAGCCUGGGUGCCAUUAUCGUCGCGAAGACAAACGUCCCACAGACAAUGCAGACUCUUGACAGCGUGAACAACGUCUUCGGCCGGACGAUGAACCCCUCGAACCGGCUCAUCACAGCCGGAGGCAGCAGCGGCGGCGAAGGCGUCAUGGUGGGAAUGAAAGGCUGCAUGAUCGGUAUCGGCACAGACAUCGGCGGCAGCAUCCGCGUGCCAGCCUACGUCAACGGCGUGGUUGGCUUCAAACCCAGCGAAGGCCGCAUGCCCUACGGCGGCCAAGUCAGUCUCGGCGUCGAGGGUAUGAGUCGGUGCGGUGUGCAAGCCGUUGCCGGUCCCAUCGCACGCAGCGUCGCAGACAUCGACUUCUUGAUGAGCGUACUUGUCCCGCAGACCCAUCUCUGGGGCGAGGACUGCGUCUUCGGCAGCUGGACACCCUCCUCCUCAACCACCGAAACACCACUCAGCGGCAGCGGCCCCAAAGGCGAGCUUGUGAUCGGCAUCCUCCGCAGCGACGGUAAUUGCACGCCCCUUCCACCAAUCGACAACAUUCUCACCGAAGUCUCCUCCACCAUCUCCUCGCACCCCAACAUCCUCACCGUCGAGCUCCCCACUCCGCCCGCCUGGACGAAAUCUCAAUCUGUCAUGUCCAAAAUCAUGUCGAUUGAAGGAGGCAAAAAGAUGUCGGAUGUGAUCACCGCCACAAAAGAGCCCAUGGUGCCCUGGAUGUCCACUCGCUUCAAGGUCGGAGGCGGCAAGCCGCGAGACCUACUAGAUGUUGCCGCCAUCCAAAAUCAACGCACAGAGCUAGAAAAGGAAAUGAGUAAGCUCUGGUAUACCACCGGCAAACACGGCCGGCGACGUCGUGCCAUCGAUGCCAUUAUCUGUCCGCUGGCGCCCCAUCCGCCGCCGCCUAUCGAGGGGUAUAACGCCGUAGGCUACACGAGCAGCUUCGUGCUGUUUGAUUACCCCGCUGGUGCCCUGCCGGUGAGGGAUAUCAGGGAAGGGGAUCUGCAGCUGGGAAAGGAAGUGCCGGGGAAGGCGGUGAGUAGUUGGGACGAGCGGAGUCGGGAGCUGUGGGACGAGGGAAAGCUGGAUCGGAGGGUCUAUCUAGGGACGAAGCUGAGCGUCCAGGUCGUAACACCGAGGCUGGAGGAUGAGAGGCUGUGUCGGGUGAUGGGGGUGUUGGAAGGCAUCCUACAGAGCACUCCGGAGGGGCAGGGAAGGGCGAGUAAGCUGUAG